AUGCGAGCCUACUUCAUCCUGCUACUGGCGGUAGCUACUCUUCUCGUCAGCACCAACACUGCCUCGGGCUCUGCCAUCAAGUUACGAUCUACCCAUGCCGAAGUGGAAACUGACAGUGGACGAGUUCUUCUUGCAAAUUCGAAGACCUCUACAGACGACGAAGAGAGAGCAGCCUUGGAUGUAAUCAAGAAGGUGGGCAACUGGGUUCGCAACAAGAAGCUUCUAGCAAACCUGAAGAUGCAGGCAUCAUACGUGUACUCCGAAAAGAUUACACGAGAAAUAAUGGGUAAGGGUAUCGACCCCGACAUGCUCUUUGCGUUGCUGAAGCUUGGCACCAAAAACAAACGAUGGAGUGCAAGAUCUGGCAACAAACCUAGGUACACACUGUGGAUGAAUUACAAGGAGGGGUACGAGGCGCUCAAUUCCAAUUGGAAAAGCAAGUUGCCACCGAUCAGUGACUUGUAA